AUGACAAUCCAAUCUCUCGAGGGAGAAAUUAAUCUCCUAACUAAGAAGUGCCUUUUCCCGAUCCGGAACGAUGGGAACACUCCCGACGACGGGAAAACAAACUGGGGGCGGACCAAACUAUGUACCUGCACCCUCAAGGCAGUUGGAAUCCUUCCAUCCUCGUCCUGCAAGGCCUCUUGUCCCUACCAGGGCCAGGAGCCAGACCGGAGCCCCGAGGCGCAGCAGAAAGACCCCGUGUGCUUUUUAGCUACCGUGUGGGCUCUGAUACUUUGUGAAUAUGCCGAAGUCGACAUCGUCCAAAUUGGUGUCUGUCAGACCCCCGCCCCCUUGACAGCCGGGAGUGCAGCGAAGCAAAAUAUGAAGCUGUUCUCGUCUGCACCAAGUCGAAUGGGGUCCGUCUCUCAAUUGUUUCACCUCGAAGGAUGGUCGGUCUCUAGUGUGAGCCAGAGUGAUUAUCCAUAUUUCAAUACAGGGGUUGCAAUCUAUCAAGAUCAACAUGGGAAACCCGGGAGGGAUGCGGCUGAGAAUCGGACAGCAGGAGAGUUAGGCAAAGCAAGAGAAGGAGAAGAGGAAAAGCAAUGUGCUAUAAUGCUGGCCCUCGAUUUGGAAAACUCCGAAUGGUCUCUUGAGUACAACACUUCUGUCUUGUCCAGUGGGCAGGCGGACCACAUGGCAUCCCUGCUGGCUGAAGUAGUGACAACCGUGUCGUUAAAGGCAACGAGCAAGAGUAAACUUUCUCAAAUGGCCAUCACUAGCAGUGCACAGCAAAAGACAAUCAAGGAAUGGAAUGGCCAAGUAUUGGCCCAACCAUCAGCUCCUACCAUCCACCAAAUCAUCCACAAUCUCUCCGACAGCCAGGGUGACCAUCCUGCUUUGUUGGCAGCAGAUGGCGAAUUGACGUAUGCCGAACUGGAUGUCAUUUCGUCGCGAUUAGCACGCCAUCUCCAGACACUAGGUGUGAACGCAGGCACUCUCAUCCCAGUGUGUUUCAACAAAUCAUUAUGGGCGGUAGUAACCAUGCUCGCUAUCAACAAAGCCGGGGCGGCAUUUGUAACGUUGGAUGCGUCACAGCCCUUGAGUCGCCUGAGAUUAAUUGUGAAGCAACUAAACGGCCCACCCCUGGGACUCACCUCGCCCCAGAAUCAAGAACUGAUGGGCCAUGUGAUUACACCGACGUUGGCGGUGGACGCCCAAACCAUUCUCACCCUGACCAAGACGGAGAAUUGUGAGGCGGAGGGCAAAUGUUAUAGCGACUGGCCAAUCGAUCCUACAGCACCGUCAUAUUGUUUCUUCACAUCUGGUAGUACGGGAGAGCCCAAGGGAUGUCUUGUGGAUCACGCAGCGCUGGCCAGUGUGCAAACCCACUGCAAAGCCCUCCACUUGAAUCCCACGAGCCGGGUACUACAGUUUGCGUCUUUCAGUUUUGGAGUGUCUUUGAUCGAGAUUUGGUGCACACUCGCCGCAGGUGGGACAGUGUGUAUGCCCUCCGAUUCCGACCGAGUGAGUCGUCUGGCGGAUGCCAUUGAGUCAAUGGAAAUCAAUUGGGCUUUUGUGACUCCAACCGUUCUGGGGACCAUCGAUCCAGAGGCAGUUCCUGGACUACGACGUAUCAUGGUCGCUGGCGAGCCGUUGAAGAAGGCUCAAAUCUCUCUAUGGGCCAAGCGCACGCGGCUGUUUCAAGCUUAUGGCUUUACCGAAUGGGCUGGUGUGUGUUGCGUAUCGCCGCAGAUUCACUCCAUAGCAGACAUCGGCAUUAUUGGAGCCCCGGCGAACGCGCGUUGCUGGUUGAUUGAGCCUGGGAACUCACGCAGAAUUGCCCCAAUUGGCGCGGUGGCGGAACUAUUUGUCGAAGGACCCAGUCUUGCCCAGGGGUAUUUACACAAUCCGGAGAAGACGGCCCUCAGUUUCCUGGAGGCACCUGACUGGAGGCAGAAGGAACUACUAGUAGGGGUUGGGGAGUUGUCUUACGGAGGAGGUGUUCGCUGCUACAGAACUGGAGAUUUGGCUUACUAUGAUUCCAAUGGCCUGCUUCGGUAUGUUAGUCGGCAGGAUAGACAGGUUAAGGUGCGUGGGCAGCGGAUUGACCUGGGAGAGCCUGAGUUCCAUGUAGCUCAGGCAUCGCCUCUUUUCCGAAAGGCCGUGAUCGAUGCCAUUGUGCCUGCCGAUGGUAAUGGGGUUGCCACCCUGGUUGCCUUCGUUGAAGCACCCUUAUCACACACGACUCCAAUCACAUCAAACGAUAGGAACACCUUUUACACUAUGCCAGACCAAGAGUUCGUGGCCACCGCUCAGCAGGUGAUCGAGGCCCUGGAGGAAAAGCUGCCUGAUGUCAUGAUUCCGCGCCUAUUUGUGCAGAUCCAGUCCAUGCCGCUGACUGUCACGGGCAAGAUUGAUCGACGACGACUCCGGCAAGAGGCAGAGGAACUUCGACAUGAGGAGCUGCUGGCAUGGACCGGCGUGGCCAUUGCUGCCUUGGAGCCCCCACAGACCGUCCAUGAACUACUCAUCCACCGCCUCGUCAUCGAGCUGUUGAACCUUGCCCCGACACAAGUUGGCAUGGAACAUAAUUUCUUCGCCCUCGGUGGAGACUCAGUGAAAGCGAUGAAAAUGGUCUCUCGGGCGAGAGCGGCUGGCGUCGACCUGAUGGCAACACAUAUCUUUGCGGCUUCCAAUCUCGGCGACUUAGCCCUUAUGGCGGCUGAGCUGGGUCCAGCAACGACCAGUGAAACGGACCCCAACGAGCCAUUUGUAUUGUUUGAUGCCCAAUCCAAGCCAGAGCUAAUCGAAUCUGCAGCCUCUGUGUGUGGAGUCGAAGCAGCCCAGAUUGAGAAUAUGUAUCCUUGUACGCCGCUCCAGGAAGGUAUGGUGGCUUUAUCUGUUUCUAAGCCUGGGGCAUAUAUUGCACGAUUUAUUCACCGAUUGGAGCCUCAUGUGGAAAUCGGCUCCUUACGCCGUGCGUGGGAGAUGGUAGUACAGGCCAGUCCAAUCCUGCGGACAAGAAUGGUGACCGACCCCGACGGCAGCAGGAUGUUCCAGGUCGUUCUGCGAGAGAGCUUCCAAUGGGAUGACACAGACUCAGAUGUAGAGAUUGACUGGGAUAUGUACAUGAAACCGCGGCCAACAGAGACCCUCCUGCUUGGGGCACCUCUGGUUCAUGCCGGAAUUCUUGCCGGGUCAGAUUCCGCCUCCUUCGAGAGCGAUCCGUCAGCGACCUACUUCGUGGUCAUGAUGCAUCAUUGCAUAUGUGACCGUUGGGCCUCUGGGCUGAUGAUGGAUCUGCUGGAGAAGGCCUACGCUGGCGAUUGUCUCGUCAAUAACUCGAUGACCCCAUUCAUCCAAUACCUCUCUGGCCAGCUCGCCAGCCCCAAGAGCGAACAGUACUGGAAGUCGGAGUUCCAAAACCUUGCUGCAGAGGUGUUCCCUUCGCUCCCAUUCCCCGGAUACACUCCAGUGCCCUCGGCAAGCAUCCACCUCUCGAUUCCCUGCCAGCGUGAUGCUCCGGGUGGAUACACGAUGUCUAAUGUGAUCCGUUUGACAUGGGCUGUGGUGAUCAGCCAUUAUACUAGUUCGCCCGAUGUUGCCUUUGGUGUAACCGUUUCCGGCCGAGCUGCCCCCGUGGUUGACAUUGAGAAGAUGGUGGCUCCCGUCGUCGCAACGGUGCCACUCCGCGUGCGGUUCAGUCCCGAGGACACCAUCAUAGCGGCACUAGAGGCCAUCCAAAACCAGUCGAGUGAGAUGGUUGCCUUUGAGCAAUUCGGUCUCCAGCGGAUCCGCAAAGUCAGUCAGGAAGCGGACGAUGGAUGUGGCUUCCAAAGUCAGCUCAUUGUCCAGCCGUCGUGGGCCGACGAAAAUCGACCACUGCUGAACACCUUGGAAGCCGGGUCCUCGGUGGUUGGUGGGUUUGCCAGCUGGGCGCUGUCAGUCAUAUGUAGCCUGACUGAUUCACGGCAGGUAGAUGUUACCAUGGAAUUUGACCCCAACGUGAUUUCAGUGCCAGGGGUCGAGCGGAUUUCACAGCACUUUGAACAGACGUUGCAGUUCCUCCUAACAGAGCCUUCGCUUCCCAUAGGAAAGGUGCCAUGUAUCAGUUCGAUGGAUAUGCAACAAUUGCACAAGUGGAGUGGGCUGACGUCCUCUCCCCGAGGUAACUACGAAUGUGUGCACAAUAUCAUACAGCGGCGCUGCGUUGAACAACCCACGGCCAAUGCUGUCUGGGCGUGGGACGGAAAACUCACAUAUGCGGAGCUGGACCAGCUAUCUACUAGCCUGGCUGCACAGCUCACCAAUACGUGCGCAGUGGAAGCUGAGGUGAUUGUGCCCAUCUGUAUGGAGAAAUCCCUUUGGACCACUGUUGCAAUCAUGGCAAUUAUUAAGGCAGGGGGUGCUUUUGUACUUCUUGAUUCAUCCCAGCCGCAGAAGCGCCUGGAAGCUAUUUGUCGCCGGGUGAAAGCCCGUUCCAUAGUGACAUCUCCAUCCAAGGUCGAAUUGGCCCGAACGUUGGUGGCUGUGGCUGUGGUCGUCGCGCAAGAUCAGUCAAAGUCCUGGCCCCCUGCUGCUACAUUUACACCAACUGUUGCUGCCCAGCCGAUAUCCACACUAUAUAUCGCCUUCACAUCUGGCUCGACUGGCACUCCUAAGGGAGUCAUAAUUGAUCACCGGGCAUUCUGCUCCAGCGCACUGGCUCUCAAUACCGCCACGGAAGUCACAAGUCAAUCCCGUUUGUUGCAGUUCGCUGGGUACUCUUUCGAUGGCAGCAUUAUGGAGACACUGAGUGUAUUGAUGGCCGGAGGCUGCUUGUGUGUGCCCUCGAAUUUCGAAGCCCGCAAUGAGUUGGGCGCGGCGGCGCGUAAAUUCCGCCUAACUCAUGCCCAUCUCACCCCGUCUCUGGCACGGCAUAUAUUGCGCAACGAUCCGGAUUUUACCGAGAUUCUCGUGAGUGUGGGUGAGCCCUUGACGCCUUCCGAUGUGGCCGACUGGGCCGGCAACAACCCCAAGUGUCGAGUGAUGAAUGGUUAUGGACCAGCCGAGUGUGCGGUCUCCACCACCAUUCAGCCAUGUAUCAACACAGGCUCGAACCCUCAGAACAUCGGGUUCCCACUCACUGGCGUCAGCUGCUUUGUGGUACAUCCCGAAAGCCAUGAAAUCUUACUGCCCAUUGGCGCAGUGGGCGAGCUUCUUGUGGAAGGCCCCACCGUCGCUCGAGGCUAUCUGGACGAUCCAGUCCAAACCGAGGGGGCCUUUAUCUCCUCUCCGACCUCCUGGCUACGCAUUAUGCGUCCCGAAGGACCGUAUGGUCGGUUGUACAAAACUGGAGAUCUCGUCAGUUACAAUAGCGACGGGUCACUGCAGUACGUUGGCCGUCGGGAUGCCCAGGUAAAACUACGCGGGCAGCGCAUUGAACUGGGGGAGGUCGAGGAUCAUGUCCGGCAGUCUUGGCUGGAGAUUGAUCAAGUUGCUGUCGAGAUGGUCACCUUCAAAAUAUCGUCUUCGUCCAACACCCAAAGCCUUGUUGCUUUCGUGGUGCCUGCCGACAUGGUGGCAAAUUCCACAAACGGGGCAGGCGACGGUACUAUCGUUCUAAUUAACCAUCCAUCACCCUUAUUCAAGGCGCAAGUGUCAGUUGCCCGUCUUAAAUUACAAAACAGGAUGCCCCUGUACAUGGUCCCAGAGAUCUUCUUGCCUGUCCGCUAUCUACCCCAGAACAUAUCCGGCAAGCUGGACCGACGCCGGCUGCGUGAUCUCGCAGAGGGGUGCUCACCUGAACAGCUAGCAUUAUAUCGCGUGGAUUCAGAUAAAGCUUCCGCAAGAGCUCCUACCUCUGAUGCAGAGCGGACGUUGCACGAGGUGUGGGCACAUGUCUUGAACCGGCCUUCCGAGGAAUUUGGGGUGGAUGAUAAUUUCUAUCAUCUUGGUGGUGACUCCAUUACUGCCAUGCAGAUUGUGGCACAAGCGCGCUUCAAAGGCCUGCGAGUAACCCUCGACGAAAUUAUGAGACACAAAACGAUUUCCCAAAUCAUCCUCCAUUCAGAGCAGUGCACAGCCGGAUCGGCCGCCAUUUGUGGGGAGCAGCACGAUGAGGAAGAGGAACUUGACGCCUUUUUUGAUCUUUCUCCAGUUCAACAGAUGUUUCUAGAUCAGCAACCUGAGGGAACUGGUAUCAACCGCUUCAACCAGACCUUCUUGCUCCGUCUCACUCGGCCCAUGUCGUUAGAUACGUUGCGCGCCGCCCUGGAUACUCUACAUUCCAGGCAUUCCAUGCUGAGAGCCCAAUUUGCACGGCUGCCUGAUGAUGGUCGGUGGAUGCAAAAGAUUCUGCCACCUGGCCCGGGAGAGACACACUAUCACUGCGCUUCCCACCAACUGGAUUCCCGUUCCGAGAUAGGCGCAGUCACAGCGGCCAGCACGCACUUGAUCAACGUGGAGAAGGGCCCUCUGACUGCGGUAAAUCUAAUUGACAUUACGGAUGACGGCUCGCAGCACAUCUUCCUGGCGAUUCACCAUUUGGUGGUUGAUCUUGUUUCGUGGCGCAUCAUCCUAGCCGAUCUCAAUGCAUUGCUCGCUGGGGAGACUCUUGCACAGGAGACCAAUUCCAUCUCAUUUCAGACUUGGUGUCGCCGCCAGGCCCAGUUUGCACAACAUUCGCUGUCCCCUGAGGCCGCUCUCCCAUUGACCUUGCCAGAAAGUUACCAUGAGGACAGCAGGGAGUUCUGGUUCAAUUCUGCCGACCAGUCCAACAGCAUGGGGGAUACACAGACUCAAAGCUUUACUGUGGAUCAGAAAACCACACAGUCGUUAUUCAAAGGAGCACAGGUUGCCUAUGACUGCCAACCAGUCGAGAUCCUGCACGCUGGUCUCUUAUACUCCUUCCUCAAAGCUUUCCCUGCUCGCAGUGCGCCCAUUAUAUUCAAUGAAGGCCACGGCAGAGAACCGUGGGAACCCACUAUCAAUCUCGCACAAACCGUAGGUUGGUUCACCACCGCCUGGCCCGUGGUGAUGGCGGCCACCCUCGAACUGGAUCGUCACGACUUCCAUCAUAUCUUGCGUCUAGUCAAAGAUGCACGACGAGCGGUACCAAGCAAGGGGUGGGCGUACUUUACGUCUCGCUAUCUCAGUCCGGACGGUCAACGCGCUUUUAGGCAGGAACACCCGAUGGAGAUCAUUUUCAACUAUGCUGGCGAGUUCCAACAAUUGGAGCAUGCAAAUGGAUUAUUCGCUACCGAAUCCCAUGGAGAUCAGGGAGCCCUGGACGCAGGUGAUGAUAUCCAACGGUUUGGCAUCUUUGAAAUCGGUGCAUCAGUGCAAAACGGUGGUUUGCGGGUUCAAUUGGUGUACCCCCGCCAGAUCCAACAAGCAAAUCUUAUUGACAAGUGGGUGAAAAUAUAUCAGGCAACACUAGAGGGUGCAGCAUCCCAACUCCAGGUUGCAAGCCAGAAGAAAAACCACACUCGCUACACGUUGUCCGAUUUCCCUCUGCUGCCAUCCUUGACGUACCCGCAGCUGCAAGAACUUGUGCUCACAACAUUACCGACUAUGAGUAUUUCAAUGGAAAAUGUUGAGGAGAUUUAUCCAUGCUCACCUAGUCAGCACGGGAUGCUCAUCGCCCAGGCCAAAGCUGCGCACAGCUACAACGCCAGUGUGACGUGGAAAAUCCAAUCCGCAAAUGAUGGGAAGCGCCGGGCAGCUGAUCCACAGCGUCUGUAUGCCGCUUGCUCUCAGGUUAUCCAACGGCACGCAGCUUUGCGCACUGUUUUCAUCGACAGCCCACGCAGUGGCUCCUACAUGGAACAACUCGUCUUGCGACAUGUUCCAACGGAGGCCGUAGUCAGCCACACAACUUUAUCGGGAUCGAAUCCUCCUCUCCCAGCUGCCCUGUCAGAAGGUUGGCCCAAAGGGCAGUUGAUGCACCGAAUGAACCUGUGCCAAUGGAAGCAUAACGGAGAGGAAGAAGUCAUGAUUCGCCUUGACAUGAGUCACGCGAUUAUGGACCGAACAACCAUGCAGAUCAUUGAGCGCGAUCUAUGCCUGGCGUAUGAGGGGAAGCUUUCACCGAGCAGAGGGCCGCUCUUUAGUGAUUAUGUGAGUUAUAUCGAGCGGCAAGAUGGGGAGGCCGACUCCUCCUACUGGCAACACUAUCUUCAAGACGUCGAGCCGUGUCUGUUCCCGAGAAUUAGUGGAGAGGAAAAUACCUCCAGCGAGGAUUGGGGCCACGCCUCUCGCACGUUUCAUCAUAGUAGCCUGGGCAAAAGCACCAUAGAGGAAUUCUGUCGUCGUCACAAUGUGACAAUGUGGAACCUGGCAGGCCUUGCCUGGGCCCUGGUCCUCCGCAGCUUCACCAAUUCUGACCAUGUUUGCUUUGGCUAUGUCAAGUCUGGCCGUGACCUCCCCAUUGUUGGCAUCGAGGACGCAGUAGGUGCCAUCUUGAAUCCUCUCACCUGCCGGGUAUCUUUCGCUGGGGAGUUGACCGUACGGGAUAGUAUCUGCCAGCUGCAAAAGGAGUAUUUGGACAGUCUUCGGCAUCAGUGUUUCCCGCUCUCGAAUGCCCACAGGCUUGCCGGUGUCAUGGACGGAUCGCUUUUCAAUACCUCUGUUGGGGUGCAAAGUGGCCAGAUAUUGCAAGCGGGAGCCAGAGCCCUAGAUUUCACAACACUUGCCAUGGAGGAUGGAGCUGAAGAUGAUCUGAUUAUCUCUCUGAUUCCUGGCGGCGAUAACACCACUGUCGACCUCCGAUUUAAAACAUGCGUUCUGUCGCAACAGCAGGCCCGCAGCGUUGUUGCCACCUUUGAGAAAGCGAUUCGGUCCAUUCUCACGGCCAAGAACGAUAGUCCGGUUACAGCGCUCGAAGUCCUCAGCGAGCAUGACUUUGACCAGAUCUGGGCCAGAAACCAGAGUCUGCCCAUUCGUGUGGAGUCUUCCGUCCAUCAGAUCAUUCACGAGCGCUGCAUGGAGUACCCGGACAGUGAGGCUGUAUGUGACACUAACGGAUCGUUUACCUACCGAGAGCUCGAAGAUCUUGCGUCACGCCUGGCGCAACAUCUUAUCUUCAAGUGUGGUGGCGUGGCUCCUAACGAGGUGGUUCCCAUUUGUAUGGAAAAGUCCCGCUGGACGCCUGUGGCUAUGUUGGGAGUGCUAAAGGCUGGUGGCACCUUGCUGUUACUUGAUACCUCGUAUCCCCAACAACGAAGAAUGGAGAUUUGCUCCGAGGUUCAGGCCCGGCUUGUGGUCAGCUCCUCGACACAUGCAUCCAUCAGCAAUGAGUUGGCAUCCACCGUGAUCCUCGUAGGACCAGAAAAUUGUGCUUGGAACGAGGAUUCCCAGAGUGAUCCCAACUCCAGAAAUAUUCGCCUUCCCAUUGUCCAACCCGAGCAUGCCCUAUAUGUGGUCUUCACUUCGGGCUCCACAGGCAAACCCAAGGGGGUUGUCAUCGAUCAUGGGUCUUACUGCACAGGUGCUCGAGGUCAUAUCGGGGCUGCCAAGCUCACUAGACACUCUCGAGUGACACAAUUCUGCUCCUACGCCUUUGAUAUGAGUAUGGUUGAACAACUGAGUGUUCUCAUGGCGGGUGGCUGUAUUUGCGUGAUCUCCGACGAGCAGCGCAAAAACAACUUCGGCGAAGUCGCAUCCACUCUCAAUGCCAAUUUUGCCAUUCUUGUGCCAUCAGUAGCCCGUCUUUUCCGCACCGAGGAGUUGGCCACGAUUAAGAGCAUCAUGCUGGCAGGCGAAUGCAUGACGCAGACGGAUGUAUCUUUCUGGGCGCCUCAUGUCCAUUUAAUCAAUGGUUAUGGUCCUGCAGAGUGCUCUGCCUUGUCUGUCGUCCAACCAUCUAUCUCCACCACGAGUGACCCGCGCAACAUUGGAUAUCCCGUGGGAUGCGUUUUAUGGGUGGCAGACAGGAACGACCACCAUAAGCUGGUUCCCCAAGGGGCCAUUGGUGAGUUAUUGAUUGAAGGCCCAAUUGUCGGCCGUGGAUACAUCAAUCAGCCGGAGAGGACAGCAGAGACUUUUAUCGAGCCCCCGGCCUGGCUGCAGGCCCUGCGACCUCAAACGAACUCUGCCCGUCUCUACAAGACCGGCGAUUUGGUCCGUUCAAAUGCGGAUGGAUCUCUCCUUGUACUAGGUCGUAAGGAUCGACAAGUCAAAGUACGAGGACAACGGCUAGAGUUGGCCGAGGUAGAGGUUCACGUGCACCGGUCCUUCGAUGGUGUCGCUCGCGAUGUCGUAACUCAGAUUAUUGUGCCCGCCGGAAGCACCAAAUCCCAGCUUGUUGCAAUGAUCCUUUUGCAGGAAGACAACCACCAUGCAGGUGGACCAAAAGGCAACGACUCUCAGAUUCUGGGACCUCCCAGCGAUAAUUUCGCAGCGCAACUGGCCGCCGCGGAGAUCCGACUACGCCAACAAGUCCCUGAUUUCAUGGUGCCCGCCAUCUUCCUCCCUGUUGCGAACAUGCCUCGAACGCAAUCAGGCAAGAUAGAUCAAAAUCGCCUGCGCAAUCUCAUCACAUCAAUGCCUUUGGACAAGCUACAUGGGUAUCGGGCCUCGUCCUCACUGUCGUCGUCCUUGGUCGGGAACCAGCUCUCCACCGACGCGGAACGUGAGUUGGCAAAUAUCUGGGCAACGGUUCUCGAUAUUCCGGUUGGGACCAUUAGCGCAAGUGAUAAUUUCUUCUUCCGUGGUGGGCACUCGAUUGAUGCAAUGAAGGCAUCUGCACUGGGUCGGGCCGCCGGCAUGAGCUUCGGAGUUGCCGACAUCUUUGACCAUCCUGUCCUCUCAGAGCUAGCCAGUGUGGCAGUCCCCAAAGAUAGCACUGAAAGCAAACCGUGGGAACCAUUCUCUCUCAGCCCAAUCAAAGAUCCUCAGGCGCUGCAUAAGGAGUUAUGUGCAAAGAACAUCAUUCCUGUCACAAGCACAUUGGAGGAUUUGCUCCCCGCUACGCAAGCUCAGCAUUUGUUCAUCAAGAGAGGAACAUUCCAUUCGUAUAACUGGACGAUUAAAGGGCGCUCGCUCAACAUGGAUCGUCUUCGGGCGACAUGUCAAACCCUGGUAGACCGACACAGUAUUCUCCGGACCAGCUUUGUGGAACGUGACGGGCGCCCCAUUCAACUUGUGCUGGCAAACUUGGACGUCAAAGUGCGCGAGAUCCGAUGCUGGUCAGAAGAAGAUCCCUUGGAAGUAUGCAAAGCCCUGUGGGAUGGUAAAGACUGGCCUACCCUGAACGUCUUGGGUGGCUCCUUGCCUGUGAGAUUCACGCUUGUCUCUCGCCCAGGGGACGAGCAUGUUGUUCUCACGAUCCAGAUUUCACACUCUCAGUGGGAUGGUGUCUCUAUUCCAAAGCUUUUCAGUGAUUUCGCGGCCAUCUACAAUCAAACUCCGCUACCGCCGACCUCCGGCUUUACUCAUUACCUAUACCAUCGAAUUUCGUCUGCGAGAGAGGAUGUCCAACAAGAUCCAACAUUCCAAUUUUGGCGACGCUACCUCGAAGGUGCUAACAUGGCCGUUCCUUUUGCACCACGCGCACUCACUCUCUGUGCAGAGCCGGCUGCCGCAGCGCAGUCUGGUCAAACGCUCUGGGCGUUCAAAGGAAUCACCCCUCCAACAUUACCAUCAGGAGUCACCAUGGCUACGUUAGUCAAGGCAGCAACUGGGUUCUUCCUCUCUCAUCAUCUAGGUUCAAGGGACAUAGUCUUUGGCCACACUGUCAACGGCCGAAAUCUGCCCAUGGAUAACAUCGAAUCUCUCCUGGGGUGCACUCUCAAUUUUGUCCCUCUACGGAUUACCUUCCCUGAAGAUUCGACCGAGUGGACGGUCAUGGAUCUUCUACGCCAUGCACAAACCCAAUACACCCGGGCCCUCUCCCAUGAACAUGUCGAGCUCCGCGACAUUUUCCUACACAGUACCAACUGGCCUGCAGAGACGUCACUGAGCUUGAUCGUACAGCAUCAGAACAUCGAUCUGAGUUUCAGUCUUCCUUUACAGGGAUCAAGCGUUGAUGGUGAUCGAGAGGAUGACGGUUCCCUUGAUGUGCAGUAUUCAAAAUUCGCUCGCUUCGAUCCUUUGGAUGAAGUCUGGAUAUUCACUGAGCCUCAUGCGGAUCGAUUGGAAGUUCAGGUUUGUGCCAGCAGUCGUGUACUAGGUCAAGAGCAAGCUACAGAGCUGGUCAAUCACAUCUCUGCUAUUAUCGACAAGUUUUCAGCCGACCCAACGGCAAGACUGUUCGACAUUGCAUUCUGA